GAAAUUUGUAAUAAAGAAACAGAAGACAUGGGAAUAUGGGAUACGAGAAGGAUCUCAAGGAGUGAGAAGACCCUUUUUAGGGUUUAGAUCGAGAAGAAAAGGAUCCUCCGUCAGGAGCAAAGCCUCUCUUCUACUUAGCCUGGACGGUUGAUCAUACUUCGUCUGUUCUUUUGCAAGAUCCAUCCAAGAUAAUUCUUUUGCUUUUGGGCGGAAAGGAAUUAAAGGGUUAGCGAAAUCGACACCAGUAUGAGCGAGGUUUUGAAGAAAUCUGCUUCAAAUGGCAAUGAAGAACUGUCAACAUCUAAUGAGAAGCAGGAAAAGAUUAAUGAGGUGAGGAGGUUGGUAGGGACAUUGCCAGAUAAGUUGUCUAUAUUCUGUUCUGAUGCAUCAAUUUCAAGAUAUUUGAGGGCACGAAACUGGAAUAUUAAAAAAGCAACUAAAAUGCUGAAGGAGACAUUGAAAUGGAGGUCCGAAUACAAGCCUGAAGAAAUUCGCUGGGAAGAGAUUGCUCAUGAAGCUGAGACUGGUAAAAUAUACAGAUCAAAUUAUGUCGACAAGUAUGGGAGAAGUGUUCUUGUCAUGCGACCCGGUUGUCAGAACACAAAAUCAACAAAAGGACAAAUUAGGUAUUUGGUAUAUUGCAUGGAGAACGCGAUUUUAAAUCUGCCACCUGAACAGGAACAGAUGGUCUGGCUCAUUGAUUACAUGGGCUUCAAUAUGUCAAGUAUUUCUGUGAAGGUAGCUGUGGAAACAGCCCAUGUUUUACAAGAGCAUUACCCAGAAAGGCUAGGUCUGGCUAUCCUGUACAACCCACCCAAGAUCUUUGAAUCCUUUUAUAAGGUGGUGAAACCCUUUCUAGAGCCCAAGACUGCCAAGAAAGUAAAGUUUGUUUACUCAGAUGACCUUAACACCAAGAAGACUAUGGAGGACCUCUUUGACAUGGACAAGCUGGAGGUGGCAUUUGGAGGAAAUAAUCAGAUGGGUUUUAAAAUUGAUGAUUAUGCUGAAAGGAUGCGAGAAGAUGACAAGAGAAUGCCCACAUUUUGGACUAAAGAGAAUUCUACUGUCAACCCACAACCUUCCCUGGCAAAUUCCACUCCUUUUGGUCCAGUUGACUUGGAAUCAGAUUCCAAUGACUCUGGAGAUAAGAACUCAUUCUCUCAAGAAGUCGAUUCAGGAGAAUGCAGGCCUGAAGAUAGUUCACUAGCGGCCGCUGGUAGUAGCAGUGGUACUUGAGAUAUAAAUUCUGGUGAAGGAACAACUAACUUGGGAGGACCUGGAGGAUGAAGUAAUCCAAAGCUGAGAAGCUGAAGAAGCAUCUAAUUUAGAUAAAAAGGUUGAAAUCAAUCUGAUUUCUAUGUGAGUGAAUCUUAUUUAAAUUUUGUUUGGAGACAAAAAGAACUCGUAAAAUUAAAUUUCAUUCUCAUAGUUUAAAUUUUUAA